UCCCGCCCAGCCCGACCGAAGACGCCGAGGCUGGAUUAAAAUAAAGCCCGAGAGGAACUUUCGCUCCGCCGAGUCGCCCCCCUCGACGAGACGACGAGCCGAGGCGAGAACAGCCCUCGGAGGACCGCGACGAGAGAAGCGCGAUGCUGUAAAACUUUGUUUUUGUUUUUGUUUUUGUUUUGUUUGUUUUUUGUUUAUAAACCCGGUAUCACCAAAUCUCUACCGGGGGGGAAGGAGUCAUCGUCAAUAUUCGGAGACUUUGGGCAGGGUGCUCUCCUCUGGGAUGGGUGACUCCCAGGAGACGGACAACUACGAGGAGCGUCUGAGAGAAGUGUUCAGCAGCUUCGAUGCCAGCGGCACGGGCUCUCUGAGCCCCGAGGAGCUCGCCGACCUCUGCCAGUCCCUGCACCUGGAUGAUGCCGUCCCCGCCCUCCUGCAUGCCCUGGUCCAGAACGAGGACCGCAUCACUGGCAGGGUUGAAUUUGACCAGUUUAAGAAUGCGCUGAUUCUGGUUUUGUCGUCUUCAAUCGAGGCACCCCAAACGGAAGAGGAGACCUCGCCUCAGCCGGAGUCGGCAGAGAUCCAACCCAAAUUCGUGAAGGGCAGCAAGCGUUACGGUCGCCAUUCCACCCCGGAGUACAUCGAGACCGUCGCAGACUUCUCAGAGGUCAUCAACACAAACCCCGCCGACGGCUUGGAUCCGGAAGAGGAAAACGAAGAUGCGGCUGUUCCCAGGAAACGUGAGCGCUGGAACGCUCACGAAGCCGGCACCGAAGAGUACGAGGCAGAAGGCCAGUUGCACCUCUGGAACCCGGACGAGCCCAGCACCCCCCGGGGGUCCGUGGCGCUGCCGUCGGUCUGCUCGGAGGAACGGCUCCGCGAAGCCUGCAGGGACCUGGGGCUGCCGUGGGACGGUUGCGCUGAACGCCGCCAGCUCGUCGCCCUGUGUGACCAGCUGGGUCUGGAGCACAGGGGGGAUCUUCUCCAGAGUGUGAGUGGCGGGGGUGUAGUAAACAUCCAGGAGUUUGUGUCCAUGCUGGCGAGCCAAACCAAACCCCCGACACCGUCCGCCUCCACGCCGUACAGGCAGCUGAAGAGACACCACUCCACACAGCCUUUUGAUGAGGCUGGUCGCAGGAUAGCUACACCUUCUGUCAUGACCAGCACCAUCGGGAUGCGUCUCUUCUCCGCACUUGAUGACGGGACCGGCUGCACUCCGGUUGAAUACAUCCUGGAUGCCUGGAUGGAGGAAGGCAUUGAAAAUAGCACCGAAAUCCUGCAGGCUUUGGAUUUCAGCCUGAACGGUAAACUGAACCUCAGUGAGCUCACCAUGGCUCUGGAGAACGAGCUGCUGGUUACCAAGAAUGGCAUUCACCAAGCGGCUCUUGCAAGCUUCAAAGCUGAGAUCAGACAUCUCUUUGAACGGGUGGAACAAGAGCUCGGGGAGAAAGAGAGAAUCCGUUGUGACCUGGAGAAAGCGGAGAAGCUGAAGAGCCAACUGGCGACCGAGGUGGACGAGCAUCACUCCGCCAUUGAGCACAUGAAUAAUCUCAAUCUCAGGAGGCUCGAGCAGGAGCACAAGGAGAAGCUGGCAGCAGUGAGGUCUGAGCUGAUCCAGGAGGUGGAGCAGAUCCAGCAGCAGGCCGGCCUCCAUCGCGAGGAGCUGGAGGCCGAGAUCAAAAAGAUCAGGGACGAUGAGUCUUUUCUCAGAGACCACCUCUCCAUAUCUGUGAAGGAAAACAGACGUCUUGAGUUGGAGUUGUUCGACAGCACGGAGAAAUUGGUGGAGGCACAAAGUCAAGUCGCCGAACUCCAGACGAGUCUGGAUAACAUUCUCAGAGAAAAGUUUGGAGACUUGGACCCUGGCAGUGCGGACUUCUUCAACCAAGAGGAACGUAUCAAGCAGCUACAUAGCAGCUAUGAGGCACAGUGCAGGGAGUUGCAAGAUCGGGUUGAUGAGCUGCAGUCGGAGCUGCAGGAGUUUCACAGCCUUGGCCGCGUUCCUCAACAUGUUGGUAAACCCCUCUCUGAGGAGCUGGAGAGCAAGAGCCCCGGUAUGGAAUCCGAUCCAGGUCUUGGCUCAGAGGAGGGGCAGCCAUUCAACAUGAGCCUGGAGGCGGAGAUGAUGCUGGAGCACCUGAAAGAGCAGCACCUUCAACAGAUAGAGAUUUUAAGAACUCAGCUGGAGAACAAGAUAACUGAGUUUGACCAGAUGACUGAACAGCAGAGGGUGUCCCACGAGGAACAGAAGGCUGCCAUAUCCCUCCAGUACCAGGAGGAGAUCCAGGGUCUGACAGAGACGAUGACCAGCAUCCAGAACCAUGCACAGGAGCUCCAGCAUCAGUUAGAGGAGGUAGAGCUAGAGCACACCAAUCUAGAGCUGAGGCAGGCAGGGGAGAGGGAAGAGCUCAAGUGUCAACAAGAGAAGGAAGUGGAAACCAUCAGGCAACAACUGCUUGAGACCCACACCCAUGCCACAGACCUGGAGGAGCAGCUGAAGACACUGAAAGCCCAGCAUGCUGAGGCUGAAUUGUGCCUAUAUACAGAGACAGGGGAGCUGAAGAAACACCAUGCUCUGGAGCUGAAGACACUAGAGCAGAGGCACAAGGAUCUGCUGGAAGAGGAGAGAAUUAAGCUGCAGGAAGAGAGGGCUGAGUCUGAGCAGAGAUUGUUAGAGAAAUCGGAAACGGAGAAGGAGCAAUUAAAACAAGACUUUGAAGAUGACCUGAGGGCCAGACUAGAAGAAGCAAAUAGGAGGUUUGAAGAAGAGCGUGAGGAGCUCACAAGGAAACUGGCUGAGGAGUGGCAGAAAGAGAAGGCCCAGUUGGAUGAGCAGAGUAAUGAUUCCCUGCAGACAAUGCUGGAAGAGGAGAUGCUGAGACUAGUCAGGGAGCAGGAGGAGAGGGAGAGCAAGCUCAGGGAAGAGUGGGAGAUAGAACGAGCGCAGCUUCAGGGGUGUCAGGAGGAAGCUGUGCUCACCAGACUAGUUGAGGAAAGGUUGAAACUACAAGAAGAACAGGAGCAGAGGGAGAGCAGGCUGAAGGAGGAGUGGGAGAGAGACAAACUGCAGCUGGAGGAGGAUUAUGAAGGGAUGCUCCAGGACCGACUGAAUGAGGAGAGGGACAAGCUUGACGCUGAGAAAGAGGAUGUAGAGAGAAGAUUCAAACAACUCAUGGAGGAGGAGAAGACUCACCUUGAGGAGAGCCACAGGGAAGCCAUGCAGGAGCUGACUGUCAAGCACAGUGAAGAGAGAGAAAGACUCGGCAGUGUGUUGGACAAAUUACGGGAUGACAUCGCUGAGGAAAGAUCUGAGGCAAGUCGACUCUCAGAAGAGAAUCUAAUCCUCAGGCAUAAAAUAGCUACAUUGAAGGAAGAGGACCUAAAAGAAGCUCAGGAGGAAUUGCUACUGAAGUUGGGCCAUUACAGGAAGGAGAAGAUCGCAGCCCAAAAGAUGGCGGAGAACUUCAAAAAACAGAUUUCAGAGCUGCGUCACAGGAGCCAGCAACUGGAAGAGGAGAACGUGCUGCUGACAGAGAAAAACGCCCAGAAUGCUGCCGAAGUGGAGGAGCUAAGCCAGCAAGUGGUUGAACUGAUAAAGGAGAAUGAGAGGAGGAAGGCGGUGCCUGAUGAGGAUGAGACCCAGAUGGCAGCCUGUGUUUCUGCCCUGGAGGCAGAGUUGACCAGAGCUCUGGAGGGCAAUAUUCAUCUUGAGGAGAGGAAUGCCCAACUAACACACCAGCUCUCUGGCCUCAGAGAUAAGGUGGCCAAGGUGGACUCUAUGGAGAGUCAGUUCAGCCACCUGUUGCAAGAGCGCAAGACUGUGGAUAAAGUGAUGCAGAGCCUGGGCAACCAGCUUGCCAAAGCUCAGGAGAAAAUCCAGGCGCUGGACGAUUGUCUUAAGGCUGUCAACCUUCAAAGCACUCGUCUCAAGUCUGAUCUGCACGUGUCUCUGGAGGAGGGGGAUGCCCUCAAACAUGAGGUCAUGUCACUGCACAAAAAGCUGCAGAAUGCAAAUGAUAAAAACCAUGUCCUGGAGGUGGCCCUGCAUUCAAGCGGUUUACAAAGUCAACACAAGAAGCUGUGCAGGGAUGAGGUGUCCCGGGUGCUGGAACAGGAGCAGCAGCUGCUGAGGCAAGAGAACGAGAGACUCCAGGUGGAGGUCCACAACACCAAAGGGGAUCUUGUGCACUCCAGGGAGAAGGUCCGACAGCUUGAGUCUACCAUUUUGUCCCUGAAGCAGCAGAAACAACAGAGUCAGUCCUACCUGGUCAAGGCCUUAGAACAGGAGAACGCCUCUCUGAAGCAAGAGCUCAAGGAUAAGAAUAAGCUGACCAAGGGCUGUGAGGCCGGGGAACGACAUGCAGAGCUGGAGAGCCUUCAGCAAGAAAAUGAAGCACUGAAGGCCCAAAUGGCCCGGCUGUCGACCCAGCUACUAGAGGCAUUUCAGGCUCAGCUGGUUGGACUGCUGCCGCCGUCACCUCACAGAAUACCCAGAGGACAACGUGGUGAUGAUCCAGACAACAUGCAGGAUGAGAGGGAGAGGAAGAUGAAGAAUAUGGAGGGACGCAUGAGGGAGAUUGAACAGUCGCUGCAUAAUGUCAAGAUGCUGCUGAAAGAGAAGGUCGCUCAGCUCAAAGACCAGCUGCACAAAAACGGCAAAGCAGACGUGUUGAUCAAAGACCUGUAUGUGGAGAACGCCCAGCUGCUGAAGGCUCUAGAGGUAACUGAGCAUCGGCAAAAAAAUGCUGAGAAGAAGAACUACCUGCUGGAAGAGAAGAUCUCUAGCCUCAACAAGAUAGUGCGCGACCUAAACCCCUUGCCCUUACCCCCCGUACCCCAUCAUUUCCAAAGCUCCUAACAUCUCCACCACGGCCCAGGGGCCCUCUGUGCAAUUAAUACGACUGCCAAUGAAGUACACUCUACAUGACUUAUUUAUUUAAAAAACAAAUCUUGACUCUUUUUUUUUUAACUUGGCUUUACAAACUGUCAUGAAGAUCUACUCUUGGCUGGGAUCCUGAACCAGAACCAGCCAUGUGCAUGCUAUAUGAGACCAAUACUCAAGUCAAAAACCUUACACUGUAAUUCUAUUGGUUUUGGGGUUUUUUUUUCAAUCGUACCGCCACAUGCACGCACCGAAUCUUUGUUAAAUUCUUGCAAUGCAUCUCUCUUGCAAGAUAUGUUUUGGACUAAAAGUUAGGGUGCUUCUAUCCUAAAUCUGUCAAGGCAAUAAUUAUGGAAUGUCAGUCAGGUAGUUAAUAGAAAUUUUUUUUUAUAUAAAUUUAUGUAUUUUUUUACUCUAAUAAAAGAGGAAGCUGUUAUGAAUAGGGGGUUAAAUACCCAAUGGGUACCCAAACACAAUGUUUUUCUAUGAGAAGAGAGAAAAACCCCUACUCAUACAGCUAUACCACAGUAAGGUGCUCUUUCUAUACAAGUGUUUCUACCUUGUGUUGUCUGAGAGAUUAGUAUUUUUCAUCUGCCAUUCCCUCUCCUCUCUGAAACUAUUGAAACGCAAAACUGCCACAUAACAACAUGAGAUAAAUGAACCAGUUGAAUGGUACAUUUAUUUCAACUAUCAUGCAAGUCAAACAAUCCCGUGACCUUUUGCAGAUACUUGUCACCAUGUAGGAAACACCUGAGUGACAUGACGUUCACUUUUCAGACAGUGGUCAUGAGACUAAACUACUAUAUUUUCAGCUGCUCCCGUUAGGGGGCGCCACAGCGGAUCAUCCGUUUCCAUCUCUUCCUGUCCUCUGCAUCUUCCUCUGUCACACCAGCCACCUGCAUGUCCUCCCUCACCACAUCCAUAAACCUCCUCUUUGGCCUUCCUCUUCUCCUCUUCCCUGGCAGCUCCAUAUUCAGCAUCCUUCUCCCAGUAUACCCAGCAUCUCUCCUCCACACAUGUCCAAGCCAUCUCAGUCUUGUCUCUCUUGCUUUGUCUCCAAACCGUCCAACUUGAGCUGUCCCUCCAAUAUACUCUUUCCUAAUCCUGUCCUUCUUCGUCACUCCCAAUGAAAAUCUUAUCAUCUUCAACUCUGCCACCUCCACCUCCGCCUCCUGUCUUUUCAUCAGUGCCACUGUCUCCAAACCAUAUAACAUAGCUGGUCUCACAACCAUCCUGUAAACCUUCCCUUUAACUCUUGCUGGUACCCUUCUGUUCCAAAUUACUCCUGACACUCUUCUCCACCCACUCCACCCUGCCUGCACUCUCUUCUUCACCUCUCUACUGCACUACCUGUUACUUUGGACAGUUGACCCCAAGUAUUUAAACUCAUAUGCCUUCGUCACCUCCACUCCUUGCAUCCUCACCAUUCCACUGUCCUCCCUCUCAUUCACACAUAGGUAUUCUGUCUUGCUCCUACUGACUUUCAGUUCUCUUCUCUCCAGUGCAUACCUCCACCUCUCCAGGCUCUCCUCCACCUGCACCCUACUCUCACUACAGAUCACUAUAUCAUUCACGAACAUCAUAGUCCACAGAGACUCCUGUCUGAUCUCGUCCAUCACCAUUGCAAACAAGAAAGGGCUCAGAGCCGAUCCUUGAUAUAAUCCCACCUCCACCUUGAACACAUCCGUCAUUCCAACCGCACACCUCACCACUGUCACACUUCCUCAUGCAUAUCCUGCACCACUCCUAAAUACUUCUCUACCACUCCCAAUUUCCUCAUACAGUACCACACCUCCUCUCUUGGCACCCUGUCGUAUGCUUUCUCUAAACCUACAAAGACACAAUGUACCUCCUUCUGGCCUUUUCUAUACUUCUCCAUCAACAUUCUCAAAGCAAACAUCACAUCUGUGGUGCUCUUUCGUGGCAUGAAACCAUACUGCUGCUCGCUGAUCAUCACCUCUCCUCUUAACCUAGCUUCUACUACUCUUUCCCAUAUUUUCAUACUGUGACUGAUCAACUUUAUACCACUGUAGUUACUACAGCUCUGCACAUCACCCUUAUUCUUGAAAAAGAAUUUGGGCUUGGGACCGGCACUAAGAAUGCACUGGCUUGUGUAUCCUCAGUGACUGGGUUGGUCAGGUGACUAAACUGUCUCCAAUAAUAAUAAUAUUAAUAUGCAAAUUCCUAUGAUCUGCCAUGGUAUAUUCCAGAAAGCGGGUUUAGUGAAAACUCUUGAGUUUGUUAACCCUGAGAUGAGGGAAACUGGGUUUUCUGUUGCAGAAAGAGAUGCAGCUCCAUCUCUGGAUCAGUUACCAUGGUGAGUGAGUCGGCUAGCACCCAGAGUUCGAGUUACCUCUUUCUGGAAUGGAAAAGCCACUUUUCCUCAGCUCAACAAACAAACUCAAGAGUUUUCACUAAACCCGCUUUCUGGAAUACACCCCUGUUGCAAUUUAAAUUGAGAACCCCCCCCCAAAAAAAAACUGGAGUCUGCCAUUGUCAAUGUUAUAAAUUCAAAUUAAAAAAACAAAAACACGUUACCAACUGGGAAUGUUGAACAGCUGCUAUGUGCCAUUAUAAGAUUUUGUGUAGUUUUUUUUUUACAAAGACCGUGCUAACUGUGAACACAGGGUGGAUGUUGUUUUGUAAGGUAACAAUAAAGAAAUGUGAG